GUCAUUGUUGGAUCAUGCUUGUCUGCGCUCGACAACAAGUAAUUACUACUCCUAGUACUCUGUCCAAUACAAUAACCUUACCUCUAUGAUCAAACAAUAGAUACUGCCUUUCUCGUACCCCGAAUACGCGGUGUCAAUGUGUCGUGGAAAUUCCCUAGUGCUGUUAUCGAACCCGCCACCGCGCAUGGAUUGUCUCACUUGCUGAGGCACAGCCACUUAUUAAAAAUACAGUGACUUACGGAGUACCAAGUGUCGUAUUACCCGAAUGGCAUCAUACGAAAUCCGACCCUCUGGCGAAGAUUCAUCUUCUGGUUCAGGAUAUUCCACAACAUCGACCCUUGUGCCUGAGUUUCACUCUUCGUCGAAUGAAGCCCGUCGACGGAAUUUCGUGCGAGAGCCCCAAGGCACCGGCUCGUGCGACGACAAUACACCCGAAGAACUAGAACAAGUGUCACUCGUGCAGAGGAGGAACUCCGUCUUUCUCGAGGUCGGACUCGGGGGCGACGAUGCGAUUGUGGACACAAAGCUAAAGCAAACCAACACCACCCGACCGAGACUGCAAGUUCGUUUCCGGAGUAAAAUCGACGUCUUCGAGCCAGAUCCUCCUGCUUCGACCCGGGACAGUUCGUGCCCGCGCGACAGAGACAAACCACGAGAAAUGCCUUUCUUCAUCCCUACGCUGUCGAGACUACUAUUUUUGGCGUUCGUGGUCAUCCUCGUUACGCAGAGCCUCCACACGACACCGAUAUUGAAAGCGGAUGCGAAUCCCGUGGGAACGAGAAGAGAUGGGUCAUUGAGGGGAGACAACCUGCGACAAGGAAAGAGAGCACUGCCAGAUGCGAAUGUGAAAAGAGACGACAGUCCCACGGUCGUAUGUAAGAGGUGGGCAGGGCAGAGUGCUCUCGUCAAUGGGACCUUAUACUACUAUGGAGGCAGAUCCACGACGACCGCCGACCAGACUAGCAAUGAAUGGAACAACGAUCUGAUCGCGAUCGACUUGACCAAGUCAUGGCAGAUUGGAACGCCUUCGAUAUCGGGACUACCAAUCCCCAGCGGUCCUCCGGCCGUCUCACUAGGCUACCUGUGGAACUCCUACGACUCACUCUACCUCUACGGCGGCGAAUUCUCAGACACUCCAGCAGAAUCGCCUGUGCCGUUCUCCACCUGGUCCUACGACAUCUCUUCCUCGUCUUGGACCGAACAAUCUGACCCCAAAACGAGUUCUGGCGACAACUCCGAACCGGCAAACCAAGCAGUCCAACGCGCCGCCGAAGGGGCAGGAGUUUCUGUGCCCAACAUCGGCCGGGGCUUCUACUUUGGCGGCCAUCUCGACGGCUACACGACCCCCGGCUGGUCUCAGUCAAUCGCUCGGGUCUACAUCAAAGGCCUCCUCGAGUACACAUUCCCAGGAUACACCAACGACGCCGUCUCCAAUUCCGGCACGGCAGGCUCGUCGGGCAUAUACCGCAACAUCACCCAGGGCGGCGUGCAGGACACGAGUGGGUUCCCAGAGCGUGCAGACGGCGUUCUCGUCUACGUGCCGGGGUACUCGAAGCAAGGCAUCAUUAUCGGUCUGGCCGGCGGGACCAACGCGACCUUCACCCAGAUGAACGUCAUCGACGUAUACGACAUCGCCACGUCGCAGUGGUACAAGCAGGCCACCAGCGGGCCUACCCCCGAGAUACGCGUCAACCCCUGCGCCAUCGCCGUGUCCGCGCCCGACGGCACGUCGACGCAGGUGCACAUGUACGGAGGCCAGAACCUCGUCCCCUACGGCGAACAAAUCCAGUACGACGACAUGUGGAUCCUGACCAUCCCGUCCUUCACGUGGAUCAAGGUCGACACGUCGAACCAGGCCACGCCGGGCCCCCGGGCGGGACACACAUGCAACGUGUGGAACGCGCAGAUGGUCGUGGUGGGCGGGUACGUCGGGCAAGACCUGAGCUGCGACAGUCCGGGAGUGUACGUGUUCAACACGAGCAGUCUGAGCUGGCAGAACGGCUAUGUCGCGCUCAACGCCAAGGACGACCUGAACCGGCAGGAGAGCCAACGCGACGACGCCGCCGCCUUGCAAGGGAGCUACGGCUACGCCGUCCCUGCGGCCGUGCAGAGCGUCGUGGGCGGAAACGCAGUCGGCGCGGCGACGGUGACCCAGCCAGCGCAGACGGCGACUCAAGGGCCCCUCGCGACCGGACAACCUUUGACCUACAGCGUCACCGCGGCCCCGGGCGCGAGCGGGACGAGCAGUCCGGCGAGUGGCGGCGGCGGGUCAGGGGGGUCUGGAGACGGGAGCAAUUCCUCGAGCGGCGGAGGUGGAGGCACAAACGUCGGCGCCAUCGUCGCCGGUGUCAUCGCGGGCCUGUUCGCCGUUCUGGCCGCCUACCUGGGCUUUUGUGUCUGGCUGUACCGCAAGCAGCUCCGGAUCUACAAGAACCACGUGGACAUGACCCAGCGGCAGCAUCUGUCUGGGGACCCACGCUACAUCGGCGCAGGCGCAGGUGUCGGCGGCGCCGCAAGUCAAAAGUACUCGGACAAGAGCCAGUCGGACAGCCGAAACAGCGCGGACGACCGCUCCGGCGACGCGAGCACGACGGGCGCGCGCUCGGCGAGGGCGAACCAACUCAAUAGCAACAACCCUUACCGAAACGUGGCGGGAGGUGCGGGAAGUGCCACGGCGGCGAGCAGUACGGAGGACCUGAUGGCUGGACAAGAGCCGAGCUUCCUGGGGGUCGUGUUGAACCCGAGAAGGAGCUUGAGGGUCGUGAACAGGGAUUGAUCGAUGUUUUGGCGUCUUCGAAUUGACAAACCCCCUGGAUUUUGUGUAUAUGAGCGAGCGUGAGCUUUCUUUUUAUUUAUGAUUGAUUAUGACCUUGUGCUUUUUACACACAUUUGUCUGGCUGGGUCUCGCAAGCGGGAAAACUGAUAAAAAGAGGCAAAGUUGGUUUUAAUAGGUAGUUAUACCUCCGCACAUAUAUAAAGGAUAAUGUAUAUGCAUGGAAU